AUAAGUAGGAGGAUUUUCUCACCUAAUGACAGACCACGAGAAGGCGCCUCGGUUGUUUGUGAAAGGCUUAAAGCAUGGCUUACCGUGAAUGUUGAGAGAGAGAGAGAGAGAGAGAGGGAUGUGGGGGAAAAGCCUCGUAGCAAUUUGUUAGCGAAAACCAACAAAGCCACUGUCUUUUUGUUGCUGCUAUUUCCUCUGAAGCUCCCUUUCUCAUUUUUCCCAAUAUCCUAAAACUUAUAGUUUUUCAAACCAUGGCAAACACAAGAUGGUCAUUUCUUUUCAUUUUCUUUGUUGUACUCAUUAAUCUUCAACUGGGCAAAGUUUUGGCGACUUUUCCCACUGACCCACUUGUCCAACAGCUUAAAGAUAGAGUUGUGGAGCUUCCAGGCCAGACCUUCAAUGUCAGCUUUGCUCACUAUUCUGGCUAUGUCACAGUGAAUGAGAAAUCUGGGAGGGCUCUUUUCUACUGGUUCAUUGAGGCUGUUGAGGAUCCUGAUUCUAAGCCUCUUGUUCUCUGGUCUAAUGGAGGUCCUGGAUGUUCAUCCAUUGCUUAUGGGGAGGCGGAGGAAAUUGGGCCAUUCCAUAUUAAGCCAGAUGGAACGACCCUAUAUUUGAACCCGUACUCUUGGAAUCAAGUUGCUAAUGUUCUAUUCGUUGAUUCCCCUGUCGGAGUUGGUUUUUCGUAUUCAAAUACUUCCUCUGACUUGUUAACCAAUGGAGAUAAAAGGACUGCUAAAGACUCUCUUGCAUUUUUAUUGAACUGGUUUGAACGCUUUCCCCAAUACAAAGGAAGGGACUUAUAUCUUACAGGGGAGAGCUAUGCAGGACAUUACAUUCCUCAGCUAAGCCAAGCUAUUGUACGGUACAACUUGGGCGCGAAGGAGAAAGGCAUUAAUCUGAAGGGUUAUAUGGUGGGAAAUGCACUAACUGAUGAUUACCAUGAUCACCUGGGGGUUUUCCAAUUUCUGUGGUCUUCUGGCAUGAUUUCUGAUCAAACAUUCAAGUUACUUAACCUUCUAUGUGAUUUCCAGUCAUUUAUACACUCCUCAAAUUCAUGUGAUAAGAUUCUAGACGUCGCUGAUGAAGAGCUUGGGAAUGUUGACCCUUAUAGCAUCUUUACUCCUACCUGCUCUGCUACAAUUAGCCAGUCAAAUCAAUUGCUCAAAAGAAGGAAUAAGGUUGGCCACAUUGGUCAGAAGUAUGAUCCUUGUACUGAGGCACACUCAAUUGUAUAUUUUAAUCUUCCCGAAGUUCAACAGGCACUCCAUGUGGAUCCAAAUCAUGCACCAGCUCACUGGGACACGUGCAGUGAGAAAAUAUAUAGUAGCUGGAAGGAUUCUCCUAAAACAGUGCUGGAUGUUUAUCGUGAGCUGAUACAUGCAGGACUUCGUAUAUGGGUGUUCAGUGGUGAUACAGAUGCUGUGAUUCCAGUUACUUCCACCCGGUACAGUAUAGAUGCUCUUAAGCUACCAACUGUACGGCCAUGGCGGGCCUGGUAUGAUGAUGGAGAAGUUGGAGGAUGGACCCAAGAAUAUGCUGGGCUAACCUUCGUGUCCGUGAGAGGAGCAGGCCACGAAGUCCCUCUGCACAAACCCAAACUUGCUCUUACACUCAUUAAAUCCUUCUUAUCAGGAUCCUCAAUGCCAAGCCUCAAACUUGUCAGUGACUCUUGAUGUCUCUGUUGUGUUGUGGAUGCUCCAUUCUAAUAAUAGUAGUAGGAAUAAUUUAUUGGCAUGUAAUACACAGAGUCUUGCCACAUCGGGAACAGAUUAUUUUGCAUUCAUUACUCUUUCCACAAUGUUUACGAUGAUUCCUAAACUUGAAUAAAAAAUACAAGAAUGGGAAUUAUGAAUA